UGAAUCCUUUCACUGAAGACUGAACAUUCGAAGUAAAGUUGAAUUGUAAAGACAUAGUGUUUAAAAAGACAUGUUAUCUAUUAUAAUGCGAUGGACAACAGCUGUCACGCUAAUGUGUUUCAACCUGUCAUUCAUAUUUCACUCAGCUUCUGCCGAUCAGUGCAGCAGAAAUUAUGCUUACAAGGCUUGCGUCCAGGACAGCGGGAAACCAUCGUCGAAUCACAAAUUACUCAGUGAGAAAAACUUCACUGACUCUGAUGUGCAGUUCCCUAGUGAUAUACUUUGCAGAUGCACUUUUGCAGCCAUAAAAGCCGGCCGCGAGUAUUUCGCCAUUCGCGAGACAAACAUGCAGACGCAGACGAUAGCGUGUUACGCUAUCAGUAAUUACAAUCAACAAUCAGGAAAAAAAAAUAAAAUUUCUGCAAUUGUCGAUGAAAUGAAUGAAUUGUUAUCACAAAACAAAUGUCCUCCAAAAUGUAGCAAACUUGGAUGCAUUCCUAAACUGGGGACUGGGGACUACUCCGCUGUUUAUCACGUGAUCCCCAAUACGAUCAAUCUCCCGCCAACAACCAAGACGACACCAAGAAUUGAAACAUUACCACCAAGCACCACACACAAACCAUUUUGGAAACCUUCUCCAACAGCAGGGGAUUGAGAACAGUAAGAUCAGGUCAAAAUGAAAACCCGACUCUUGUGAAAAGUAUAAAAAUAAGAUGAACAUGUUUCAUUAUUAUACUGCUGGAAAUAUAUGAAUUAC